UUUGUACCUCUACGAUUUCAACCGUAAAGCAGCAGCAGCAGCAGCAGCAGCAGCAGCGCAACGCAUUCGGUGAGGACGCUGGACGAAUCAGCGACGAAAUGAAGAAUGCAGCAUGCGCGGUAGCAGUGUCACGGCUGCGCGGUCCUGCCUUCAACCCCUGGUUUCUGCCAGCCGCUACCUCGCUGUCCACGCUCUGCCCGGUGAUCCGCUCUACUUCAUUGUUGACGUCAAAUCAAAGGUGAAAGAAGUUUACGCGCAAACAUGCCAACUUCUGGGUCAGCAGGGUAUGCAAGAUUGCGAACUCUUUGGUCUGGCAAUCCUGUCCGACGGAGAGUACCUUUUCGUGGAUCAGGAGAACAAGCUGAGUAAAUACGCGCCCAAAAAUUGGAGAAGCUCCCAUACCUACGGUUUGGAUAGCAGUGGACGACCGGCUUUUGUCUUGUACUUUCGAGUGCGGUAUUACGUGGACACACCACUGAUAUUGAGCGAUGAGACGACGCGGCAUCAUUAUUACCUGCAAUUGCGGGACAACGUCGUACGCCAUGGGGGUGGCAUCGAGAGCUGGCAGGGCCAACGGCAUCCCCUUCAGUCGAGCAGCAUGUACGGGCCACUGCUCAGUCUCUCCGGACUCGCCCUCCAGGCCGAUCUUGGCGACUACACGGAGGAGCGCCAUCGCCGGCAGGCCUACUGCAAACCCUCCGACUACCUCCCAGCUCACAUGUGCCACGAGGAGAACGCGGUGUCGGUGCUCGCGGCCCACCACAGGGACAAUCGCGGCUUGUCGAGGGAGGAGGCCGAGGAAGCGUACAUCAGGGAGGCGGUGCUCCUGGAAGCGCCGCUCAACGCUCACCUGUACCGUUUGCGUCGCAGCAAGAACGAGCAGGGACCCGGCCGCGCCCUACUCGCCAUAUGUGCCCGCGGCGUGCGUGUCUACGGCGACGAGGAGUCCCCGCAGGUCUUCACCUGGAACAACAUUGGCAAACUCGGCUUCGACCGCAAAAAGUUUGAGAUCCGAGCGGUCGAUCAGCCGGCCAAGCUCACGCUGUUCAGCGGCUGCGACGACAAGAGCAAGCUCCUGUUGGCGCUCUGUCGGGACACCCAUCAGUUCUUCAUGUCCAUAGCGCCGCGAGUCACCGAGGCCAAGCGUCGCGAGGAAGAGGAGCGCAAGGUGUUGAGGGACUACAUGUAUCCGGCCCGUUGCAAGCUGAGCCUCACGUUGCGGGGCUCGCGGGCCGACCAGCGCAUCUCCCUGAUAUCGAGUACCUCGUCCAACACGACGUCGGGGAUAGUGAGCGACCGCGUGCACAGCGAGGACGAGCCGGACGCGACGGGCCCCGCCGCGAACGACCCGCUGGCCCACGGCGCCUCGUCCUCCUCCGGCUCCUCCGGCACCUCCCAGAACCCCGACGCGGAGGCCCACCAGCCGCCACCGCCCCACAGGGCGCCCCUCCCCUGCCCGGGCCUCCUGCUCACCCCCGCCGAUUCACAGUGCAGCAGCACCUGCAGCACGGUCGUCGCCGCCGAUCCCCCACCCGGUCCAACGACGAGCCGCACCGGCUACCUGCACGACCCCCAAAACUCCUCCUCCCCUCAUCACCCGGCCGAGCCGGUCUACGACAGGUGCAACAAACCCCCCAAAUACUCCGAGACUAACGAGAGACGCUGCACAGUCGUGGAAGUCGCCGGCAGCGAGACGAGCGGCGUUUACACGUUGCACAGCAGCGACACGCUGGACGAGCCGAUGGGCAACAACUCGUCGGUACAGUCCGUGACGACGGACGAGGCCUCGGUCACUUCGGGCUUCUACACGAUACACAGCGGAUUGCGCUCCGAGGCGAGCGGCUCCUGCUACGGUGGGAGCAGCUAGCCGAACGGAGAGCCGAUCUACAGCGUCUGCGAGGGCGACGACGAGCUCGCCGAGAAGCCCCGGCUGGACGACGGCAGAUCCCGGAGCAACAGUAUCCUGAGCGCGGGGAGCUUCCGGGGCGACGGUAGCGAUCCGUCGGGGCUGCGAGGGCCCCUGCUCUCGGCGGACGAGCUCUCGGACCUGAUAGUCGGCCGCUACCCACCGCGCAAGAGCAUCGGGGCCUCGAUGGACUCGGACUGCGACUACGUGCGCAUGCCACCGCCGCCCCUACCGCCGGUCCCGCCCCCGCGCACCGACAGCGAGCGCCAGCUGGCCCCGCCACCGCCCUACCCGGGCCCGACGAUGGCCACCCCGAAGCCUCCGCCGCCCCCGCCGGGCUACCACCCCUGCUGUCCGCCGCGCUUUCGCGAAAUACCUCCGCCCACCCCGCCCCGCAACGACGCCGUCGUGCCCAGAGAGCCACCGCCACCACCCCCGCCGUCGGCGAGAAUCCAGCCGCCCACUUAUCCGGGGGACAAGAUGAAGCCGACGCCGGUCCACGCGCCGGUCGCUGCUCUGGUAGUCGGGCCCAACAACUACUUGGACGUGCACGCGACUCGCGCUGGUCCGGUCCUCCUGCCGUACCUCAUGCCACCCCAGCAGCUCAGGCAACCACCGCCACCGCCCCCGCCACCGCCUCCAGCGUCGGUGGCUAUCUCCACGGCCCAGCAGCAGGUCGAGCAGUACAAGCAGCAGCUCUACUCGGACGUCGACUACGUCAUGUUUCCCCUCAAGGACCCGGCCCUCUCCAAGCAGGAGUACAUCGAUGCGAAGCAGGGCUCGCUCCUCGCGGCCAUGGCGGCGGCUUAUCCUCCCCCGCCGCCGUACCCCCAGCCGGCCAAUCCCGCCAGCAACAACCCACCACUGUCGUACGCCUCGAAUCAGAAUCUCAGCGAUACCGCGACCACCGCCGCUAUUGCCACAAUAGCCAGCAAUACCAGCGGGGCAAAAAAUUAUCAGCGGGUGAUGUACGGUGGCGGGGGCAACGGCCAUCGGUUGCAGUACGCAACGAGCACGGGUUCGUUGUACAACGGCCUGGCGGGCAGCGUUGCUGCUGGUCCGGUGGCCCGGUACGGCUCGCCCCCGCCACCCUUGCCCCCACCGGCUAGCGCCAGGCACCGUUUCUCGAGGACUAGGAGCUACGAGAACAUACUCAAGAGCUACGAGUGCCCCUCGGGCGCCCAGGAGCUGGCUCCGGCCCAGCACGCCAAGCACCGGAGGCUACCACCGCCACCCCCACCGCCCCCCUACGAUCCACAGAGUCUGGCUCCAAAGACGUGCGUGGACAAUGGCAAUGUCGGCUGCGGUAGCCAGACGCAGAGGCGCGCGGUGGCCAAGCACCAGGAACACCAGCAGGACAACAGUGCCGUGAUGCUCGAGAUCAAGACGUUGCGGGAAAAGAGUCGAAACCUGGAUCUGCCUUUGAUCUCUGCCCUCUGCAACGACCAUUACCUCCUCAAGCAGACCUCCAAGGCUUGCGUUUUUCCGAAAAACCCAUCCGACAAGUUAGCCCCAAAGUCCGAUGGGCGCAACGGCAAGCACAGUUAUUCCAUUGUGAGCGGCUUGCCUUCAUCGUCUACGCACAAACCAUCAUCGAGGCGAUCGAGCGGUGCCCACAAGCGUCCAUCCUCGACGUCUGGUCUGCCGACACCCAACAACUGACCUGCACUCUCCUCGUACCUCACACUUUCCUUCUCCCAUU